AUGAGCGAAUCACUAAAGGUGCCGGAACCAAAAGUAGCGGCAAACGUCAACAACGACCAAGAUACCCCUUAUCACCCACCAAAAUCACCAUGUCCAAUAUCAGAUACUCGAGAUCAGUACGGUUUCCGGAAGCAAACGCAGCAUAUAUCCCAAGCACAGUUUGAUGCUUGGAACGUGGACUACAUGAAGCGCAUUGCGCAGAGAAAGAAGAAGUGGGAUGCAUUGCUGGCAGAAUCAGGAUUGGGAAAUCCAGGGAACGGUCAAGCACCAACGAAGUUUCCACCGAAGACCGAUAAGGUUAAGCGGUAUAUACGGAAGGGCGUGCCGCCGGAGUAUCGGGGUGCCUGCUGGUUCCACUACUCUGGAGCUGCUGCACGGAUGAAGAAGAACCCAGGGUUAUAUCGGAGAAUGUGGCAGGAGUCAAAACUGAAGAAGAGUAAUGAUGCCGAGAUCAUCGAACGCGACCUUCACCGAACAUUUCCGGACAACAUCUACUUCAAGCCUGAGAGCUUGGCGGAUGGACCUGGACAUAAACGAAUGCCCUCCAAAGCCCCAGAAACACCAAUCAUCAAGGCUCUUCGUCGGGUUUUGUCCGCCUUUGCAAAUUACGUGCCACGGAUCGGAUACUGCCAGAGUCUCAAUUUCAUUGCCGGGUUGUUCUUGCUGUUCAUGGAUGAGGAGAAGGCAUUUUGGAUGUUGGUCGUGACGUGUACAGAGCUGCUACCUGGCAUGCACGACGUGAACCUCGAAGGAUCAAACGUGGAUCAGGCAGUCCUGAUGUUGAGCAUCAAGGAGGACUUACCCGCAAUAUGGACAAAGAUCGGAGGCGGGCUUGACGGAGCUGAGGCGAGCGACAUCGUGACGAAGCUACCACCAAUCACACUGGUUACUGCUGCGUGGUUCAUGAGUGCAUUCAUCGGUGUACUACCAAUCGAAUCCGUUCUUAGAGUCUGGGAUUGCCUCUUCUACGAAGGCUCCAAGAUCCUCUUCCGGAUCGGCCUCACAGUCCUAAAAACAGGCGAAGCCGAGAUUCUAGCAGUCGCAGACCCAAUGGAGAUAUUCCAGGUCGUGCAGACAUUGCCGAAGAGGAUGAUUGACGCAGGUGCGGUGAUGGAGGCGUGCUUUAAGCGAAGGAAUGGGUUUGGACAUCUGAGUCAGCGAGAUGUGGAUCAGACGAGGGUGAUGGUACGGUCGAAGAGGCAGGCAGCGGCAGUGACGAAUAAGCCAGCUGCUUCGGAUGAUACUACGGUCGGUGCUGGUUACGGCGACCUCAUGCCCAUCAGGCCAAGGGGAUCACGAGCAGGGAGUUCUUUGAGGAAUGUUAGGAAUAGGCUGGUCCAGAGGGUUGCAGAGCUUGGGUGA